GUGCAGCGACGGCUCCAUCUGGUUGUUUCUGUGUCUGCUGUACUGGUGAGGGUGCAGCAGUGGUGACCUGAGAUAAGGCUCAGUUACUGCUCGAUGGUGUCUAUUCUUCAGCUUUGUCUAUUAUCAAAGAGGAACAUCCAGCAUCAAGGCUCUCUCGAAGUUCCCACAAUCACUGAGCUGGGCUGUGAGAGUUCAGAAACAGUUUAGGUUCCACCCUGCUGUCAUCUAUCUAUUAUCCAUCCAUCCAUCCAUCAUCCAUGAAGGAGUAAACUGAACAAGGAGAACAUGCAAACAGGAAAAUACUCCUGUAGGAAUUUGAACCAGGGCCUUCUCACUGUGAGGCCAGAGGGCUAACCACUACACCACCAUACUGGAUGAGGAGGGAGCUGCUGGUUUCUGGUGUUUGUCUGAUAUGUUCAUGGUUUGAAAUCAAUAAAAUUAUUUGCUCUGAGUUAACUACUAACACCUGAGGCGUUGUGACGCGCACACACAAACUCUUUAUCAAACUGUAACUUUUCAACCAUUGACAUGAUCAACGUCAUUCCAGCAGAUUCUGAAGGAGAAAAGCGGCUUGCACCGCUUUUCUCCUCGUUGACAAUAAAAAAUUACAGUAAAUCAAAGAAGAUCAACACUGGAGCUCUAGUGUUAAAGUGAUAAAAAUGUAAUGCAAUAGAAUAGAAUAGAAUAGAAUAGAAUAGAAAAGAAUGGGAAAAUUCCCUCUAAGUUAAAGGACUUGAAUAAUGUGCCCACCCCCCAUCCCCCAAAAAAACAAAAAAAAAACAUUUCUGUCCUUAAAGCUGUUAUCAGAGGGAGAUAGAAAAGUGGAAUUUUCUUUGGAAUGUUCCCAAACACUGGACUCCCACACAAACCCCGAGGUCAAUAGAUGCUGCUGAUAGACUGGAAGCUGCACAUAAACACAUGAGAAGAUGAAGAACUUAAUUAAGGGUGUUCACCCUUUUGCUGCAAACACACACACAGAGUGCUCUUGAGUCCAGCAGAAGGACCCUGUUAAAUGUUUCCUGAGCUCAGAGCUGAAGUCCAUGUUUGUGUAGGUGUUGCCUGCUGUCUCAGUUCAGUUUAUUUGUGAGGAAGAAAGACAAAAAAACUCAACAAGAGCCAGAGAAACAUCAGAGAAAGAGCACCUUCAGAAAGAGAAGGAUCAGGAGGGAAGUGAGCGUCUGGAACGGAUGACAGCUGUCGGUUCUCUGUCAUGGAAUUUCUGCCGUCUUUUGCGUCCACGGUUGUGUCCUCCACGGCCAACCUGCUGAGGGAGAGCGCAGCUGUUCAGAGUAUUACCAAGAGGCUGAGCGGGAGGUAGGGAGCUCGUGAGCCGGUUCAGAGGAGCUUCAAAAGCAAAGAUGUUCCUCUCAUCUUCGUGGCUUUGGUGUCAAUUCAAUUCAAUUCAAAAAACUUGUUUUUAUCCCUGAGGGGCAAUUCUGUUUUAAGGUGCAGAGAGUGCCCUCUAUCAACAUUCAGGUUACACAUGACACAGUAGCAUAUAGAAACAAUAAUAAUAAUAAAAAUCCUGUGAUUUCUCAACAAGGGAGAGGUCUGAUGUUUUAUGACAGACACAAUAUAUACAAAAAAGAAGAAAGAUAAAAUAAAAAUAAUGUAAAAAAAUUCUAUAUAUAGUUAUACACACACACACAGGAUGACAAAGUGACGUAGUGUGUUUGUGAUAAUUUAGUUUAAUUGUACUGAUUAGCUGGAUUGUAGGUGAGCGUUAAGUAGCUGGACUGCUCUUGGCAUGAAGGUGCUCUUCCUCCUCUGUGUUUUACAUCCAGGAAUCUGAAGCCUACGAUGUGAGGGGAGCCAUUCCAACUCUUGAUGCAUAAUAUGGGAGGGGUCUUGAAGGAUUUUGUGCGCUUUUUUUUUGUUGUCUGCUGAUCACACAGGGUGGCAAGUGAUGUAAUUGGUUCCUUAACGAUUUUUGAGCAGACUUUAACAGUAUGUGAGAGACUGUCAUGAUCACGGAGUGGGGCAGACCCAGAUGCUGGAACUUGGAAGGAUUACGGGAGGCAGAUGAAGUUUGACACUUGGUUUAUUGUCCGUGGUUAUUGAGGAGCUGAUGCCGGGAGAGGAAUGGAGAUGUCUCAGAACCAUGUCGUCUCCAGAGGUGUGCUGGCCCAUCCCAAUGCGAGCCAUCGGGGCUCAGAACCUCCUCACCAUGCCGGGGGGAGUUUCCACUGCAGGAUACCUGCAUAAGAAGGGGGGUAGCCAGUUCAGCCUGAUGAAAUGGCCUCUGAGGUACAUCAUCAUCCACAAAGGCUGUGUGUACUACUUCAAGAGCAGUACCUCUGCUGCACCUCAGGGGGCAUUCUCUCUCAACGGCUAUAACAGAGUGAUGAGAGCAGCAGAAGAGACAACAUCCAGCAACGUCUUUCCCUUCAAACUGGUUCACUUCAGUAAGAAACACAGGACGUGGUACUUCUCUGCUGCCAGCGAGAGCGAGAGGAGGAAAUGGAUGAGACACCUGCGUAGGGAAAUAGAUCACUAUAACGACAGGAAGGAGUCCCAGAUCCCCAGUGACUCCGACACGGAUGCAGACAGCUUCUACGGCACCAUCGAGCGGCCGAUGGAUCUCACGCAUAAUUUUGACCCUGAAGACUUUGGCAGGGGCUAUGAUGAAGACGAUGAUGAAGACGAGGAAGACUACCUGAAGCCAGACGAAGACAGCUCACCGACCACCUCAGGUCGACCGACAGGGCCCCCUCCUUCCUACCCUCCCCCGCCGGUGCCAGCAGGCUACCUGCACCAUCAGGACACUGUUUCAGCAUCACUCAAAGACCUGGCUCCGCCCACACUGCUGCAAUACUCCGGCUCCACCAGUCCACUGCUCAAAAAGCCCCCACCUUCCCCACCACCACCUUUUUGCCAGAAUGACUUGAACAGAGGUCCACCUCCCCCUCUACCUUUUGCCCCUCACCUGCACAAGCCUCCAUCUCCCUCACCACCUCCUCCUCCUCCUGCCAGUUCAAAGAGAGCUCUCCAGAGCCGGGCGACUUCUGUUGGGGGGUCAGACAGCAGAGAGCGGAGGCCGCCCUCCACAUUAUCCAUCCAGUCACCCGCCACUCUGCCAAUCUGUAACCAGUUAGAGUCCAGGCUGUGCUUGAACGGCCCCACCCAGUCACAGGGAAGCCACUGUCCUCGGAGCAAAUCAGGUGGGAUUCCAACCCAACCUGUCAACACCGCAGGACGCAGCUUGUCUGCCAGUCAAACCUCCUUGCCUGGAAAGCUCUCAGUCUCUCCACAGCUUAAAACUGGACUUCACAACAAAGUGGGGGCUACCAAACCCCCCGUCCCCAGCACCAAACCACCACUGCCUCCCCUAAAACCCUCCUUUGGAACAUCUUUCCAAAGAGCGUCUCCAGAAGGCCAGAGCUUCCGCUCACUGGGAGAGGAGACACCUCCUGAGCUGAUGAUGAAACGAGAUUGGAAGAAGUCUGGAGGAGAAGAGGACUCUGAUGACGACUAUGAGAAUGUGCAGCUCCCAGACUCUGUGUUCAUCGAUUCGACUGAAACAAGCUUUGUGGAAAAGUUGUUCAAAGAUGAACCCAUUCCUCCACAAGACGGGCUGUACGGUAUCAGAAAUUCAGGAACCAAGACGUCAAAGGUGCUGGUGGUGUGGGACACCAGCAUAGGGAAAGCCAGGAACUACAGACUCUUUGAAGAGAAUGGCUGCAUAUUUCUGGAAAGUGAGUUGACCUUCCCCAACCUCUCAGCUCUGAUCGAACACUACCACUGCCAGCCUCUUCCUCACCACGGCUCCCUGUGCCUGCAGAAGCCCUAUUCCAGGACACUCAGCUUCUGAGCAUGUGCAGCGGGCCUCAAUCUAACCCAACAGUCUACCUGUCACACUGUUUAGGAAAGUGUAUUUUUAGUCAAAGUUUGUUUUUCUAUGAUGAUGGUAACUUAUGAAUAGUUUUUAAAACUGAGAGCAAAAAAAGCUAUUAUAAAUAUCAACAAAAUGCCUCUCGUUCACUUUUGUGUUGAAGUUCCUAAUCAAUUUGGGAUUUUUUAAGCACUCCUGCCCUCUGCUAACCAGCUAGUAUUCUGUGUAAUAAUAAAGGGAAGGUUGUGCUGCAUUCUGCCCACACAGGGGUGCUGUAACCAUAUCUCCACACCCCUGCAAGUGUAAUAUCAAAUGGAGAAGACUGAUUUUUGGCAGCAUGCAGUUUACUGUCUGCAGCCUGGUGGUGCCAAGUAUUUAACCAGAAAUAUGAGAGCAGGAACACAAGCGUUUCAUGUCAUCCUGAACAGUUUCUAUUAACUGACCAUCCAAACCCAGUCUGUCCUGAAGCAAUGACGUUCAGUGGAGAAACAAGCACAAAGCGGUGUCUCUUCAAACUAACACUUUGAACUUCAACUGUCUGGUUUAUUAUUGCAUCGGACACAAAUGGGAAAUUGAUUUUAAAAAUAUGAUAUAUGAGACAGUUCUUUGAGAAGGAAAGUAGAUGAAUAGGAAAUGGAAAUAGUUAUGAAUUCACCCAGAACUGAACAAAAAAUUAUCUUGUGUAUUGUUUUUCAUGAAAGAUAUUGUGUUCAGCACUUAAUUUUAUCCUAUAAAAUGUUAUUUUUACUAUUUAUGUGUACAUUUUGAUGUAGGUAUUGUAUAAAACAAUUUCUGUAAAAACUGUAAAUAUACCUUUUUUACAAAGCAUAUGUUGAACUUAUAUAAAGAAUACCAUAAAACCACUA